AUGUUAAAUGUGUCCAUGGAGUCGGUGGGCAUGAGCUAUGUCAUCACGGCUGCCGAGUGCGAGCUCGGCCUCACCAGCGAGGACAAGGGAUUGAUCACAGCUGCUGCUUUUAUUGGUAUAGUCACUACGUCCUUCCUAUGGGGCUACAUGGGAGAUAGAUACGGGCGACGGGCUGUGAUGCUGCCGGCAAUGAUCACUUCCGCUGCGUUUUCCAUCGCGUCUUCAUUUUCCACUAACGUUUGGAUGAUUUUGGUCUUGAGGAUACUAACUGGAUGCUUAGUGUCUGCAUCAAGCGCGACGGUGUACGCAUAUUUGGGGGAGAUGCACGUGGCCUCCAAACGAGCUUCGGCAAUCGCGUGGGGCUCUGCGUUCAUCUCAUUCUCCUUCAUCAUUUUACCAGGUCUUGCGUGGUUAAUUAUACCAGGAAAAUGGUCCUGGCAGUGGGGAGCAAUGAGGUUGUCACCAUGGAGGGUGUUCAUGUGGUCCUGGUGUGCCCCUGGAUUGUUAGCGAGUUUGGCUUUGCUGGUAUUGCCUGAGUCGCCGAGGUAUCUUCUAGCAGCGAAAGGACCGCAGGCGGCGUUGCCAGUCCUCGCUACAAUGUACGCGUGGAACGAGGGGAAAACUGCAGACUGCUUUCCAGUAUUAAAAGUGGCAUCAACCAACAUAGAGUCAACUAAGAGUGGGUUUAUAGGUGCCAUGCAGAACAUAUCGUUGCUGUUCCGUCCGCCGCUGCUGCGCUGCGUGCUCAUCUCGCACAUCUCUAUGUUUGCCGUGUUUAUGCUAUCCAGCGGCCUGUAUAUGUGGGUCCCCGAUAUACUGAACAACAUUCUGAACAGUAAAAGCGAGUACAGCAUCACAAUCUGUGAGAUCAUUCACAACAAGUUCCAAGUGGCCAGGAAUAACGCACUGAUGGUGACCGAUAAUAAUGCUUGCCAUACUGAAGUGUCCGUGGGGGUUUUCCCCAUAUCAAUGGGCAUGGGGGCAGUGUUUGCUAUCACCUACUUGGCCAUCGGACUCUUCAUUAAUAAGAUAGGAAAGAAAACCCUGUAUUGUGGUAUUAUGUUCAUUUGCGGUAUCGCCACAAUAGGGGCGGCAUUUGUCCCUCAAGGUGGAGCGGCCACUGCCCUCUUAAUCGUAGCUCUGUGUUCGGGGUGUGCGGCUUCAAUUCUCGCCGCUAUUUCUGUCGAUGUGUUUCCUACAUGUUUGAGAGCAAUGGCGAUGUGCAUGAUGUACAUGGUGGGUCGUGCGGGCGCGGCCGUUGGUUCCAAUCUGCUCGGGGCCACGUUGGAUAUGCAUUGCCAGCUCGCUUUUACGUUCCUCGGUGCAUUUACAUCCGGUUCUAUAUUGCUGAUGUUCUUCUGGCCGAAGCCGGAGAAAAUACGCGCGAUAAUGGAGCAAAAGGGUCUAUGUUACUAA